AUGUCGCUGACGUUUACGCUGACUGGCAAAAGUAGUAUCCUCGCGGUAAGCUACUUUACACCUGUAGAUUUGAGCGAUGGUGAAUACGAACUCGGUCUAGCAGAUUUUGAAACAAAGGCAGGACACCUCAGGAAGGAGUGGUGGACUUUAAAAGGGCGAGAACAAACAAGCCAACCGAGAAGGAAAGAAUUCGAAAAGAAAAAUAAAGUGCACGUAACCACGAAGGCGGGUACCGAUAAAAACCAUGACCAAGCGUUUAGUAGCAGCGAAGAUGACGACAUGAAGGAGCGCAAGGACAAAGGAAGCCGAAAAAGGCGAGAUGCAUUUGCUACUGGAUACAGGAGCAACAUUGACCUUGAAAUAGAAAGUCUAAAGGACGAAGUAAUGAUCCGAGAUGAUCAUAUGAUUCUAAAGGGAGUCACAGGCCAUCAAGUGUAUACAAUCGGAAAGAUCGACAUCGUGCCUGCGCUGAGAACUCGAUUUGCGGAAGACGCGGGCGAUUUUCCAACUCAAGGAAACAACGCGCCACCUCCCCGUGAAAAUGAUAGAAUAAUUCCCGUUAUUGAAUUGUCGUCCGAUGAUGAUGAGGAGAAUAAUGUCAGCAGUGCAGUAGCAUUAGUUCACAGGGCAACUGACAACGAUGACGACGACGACGACGAUGACGACAACGAUAUGAAUCGAGCACCGCAUAUGUUCUUGGAUUUGGCCUUAUACUCGCCCGUACGCGAGAAUGCGGACAAGGUAGAGAUGCACGUAGGAGAUGUGAGAGAGGAAAAGCGAAACGACAACAAUGUAAUACGAGUAGAAAUAGAAACUGGAGAGGGGGAAGAACAGCAGCAACAGCAGCAGCAGCAGCAGCAACAGCAACAUCUGUAG